CCUAUCGAUAGCCCCACAUUUCCGCGCCAAAACAGCAAAACAAUAACAGAAUAAGUAUUAUUUUACGGCGGCACCAUGGAAUUUCAUCUGAAGAAACGUCCCCGCCACGAUGUUAAGGUCGAGGUUGUUAGCCUGGAAAGCAAAUAUCCGCAUAAUGUGAUGCUGUACCACUAUCCGCCUACCGACGAUGUGCAUAUAGAAGAGUUUGAGGAGCUGGCUCUGGAACGCCUGCGACUGCUGCGUAUUCUGGACCGUGCCUCUACCAAGAAUCUUCGCCUGCUCUCCGACGAGUGGAAAGAGUACGUGAGUGCGGAACUGACCCGGGAGGGAUUGCGCAGCUAUCUGAGACUCUGCUCCGUCGGCGGCAGUGGUAGCAAGAACGAGUCGGACAUUCAGACGCGGCGACGGGAUUACCUGUCCCACUUCAUUCUGAGGCUGGCCUACUGCCGAUCCGAGGACCUGACACGCUGGUUCGUGGCCCGGGAAAUGGAACUGUUUCGGUACAAAUUUGCGGCUCUCAGCAGCUCCGAAGUGAAGCAGUUUUUGGAGUCGAACGGCUUUGAGAUUCAUCCACUGACCGAGGCACAGAAGGAUGAGGUCAAGGAUGGCCUGUACGAGAGCACGGCUGGACAGAGUGUUUCCAAGAUCGAGCUGCUGGACUUCUACAAAGUGCCCUUUACCCAAGUGCUGGAUCUGGUGCGAGGACGGCGGUGUUACUUGAAAGCGGGCUUCGCAUAUGUAAACACACUUGAUUUGGUCUCCAUAGUGGGAACCCGGCAGCAAGACGAGAUCGAGCAAGGCCUGCAGGCUGCCAAGGGUCUGGUGGAGGAAGUCGAGGGCGAUGAGCGCAUCUCACGCAUGCUGAAGGCGUUGCACAACUCUUACACCGGCAAGGACUACACUGUGUGCCGGGAUGCAGCGAUUCCCAUUGAAUCCCUAGACCAGCUAUCCAAGACCUCCAUGCCGCUAUGUAUGCGGAUGUGUCACGAGUACAUCCGCGCCCAACACCACGUCAAGCACGGUGGCCGCAUGCAGUACGGCCUUUUCCUCAAGGGUAUUGGGGUAACGCUGGAGGAUUCACUGCGCUUCUGGCGCGAGGAGUUCACCAAGAAAAUGGAUGUGGACAAGUUUGCGCGAAGCUACGAGUACAACAUCUACCACAACUACGGCAAGAAGGGUUCCAUGGUUAACUAUACGCCCUACUCCUGCGCCAAGAUCAUCAAGGAGAUGGCAGCUCCCGGCGACUGCCACGGCUGUCCUUACAAGUCCAUGGAUCCGGGCUCCCUAAAAACGAAGCUGGCCUCUUACGGCCUCUCCGCAAGCGCCAUCGAUGAGGUCAUGUUCUUCGUAUCCCGCGGUCACUAUCAAAUCGGCUGCGGCAAGUACUUCCAGCUUACCCACAGCGCCAGCGUGGAACCGACCAUAAACCAUCCAAAUCAUUACUUUGAGGAGAGCCAGAUUCUGAUGGGAAACAGACAGAAGCGACAGACAAACGGACCCGCACCGCCAAAGGCGCGUGUGCGGCCGGAUAUCAAGGGCUAUGCAGAUCGCUCCAUGCUGAUGGGCGACGACGAUGACGAGCUAUGGCGCAUUGCAGAGACACAGGAGCGCGCCAUGCAGAGCCAAAAGGCUAUAUCGGAGGCAUUUGAUGAUGACUUGGAUCUAACCGAAAUUGAAUAUUAAGUAUAGUAUAAAAAAAACUUAAAUAUAUUAUA